UCCAGCGGCGGAUCGGGCCCGCCUUGCUCGUGCUGCGGCGGGAUCCUAGAGGAGUAACUCGCUAAGCGAAACUGAGCUAGACUUCGGCGUCAGUAUCUUUCAGAGUGGAUUGACCCGGAUUGAACUGGGGGUGGAGGAAUCUGUAUUAUUAAGAGCCCGCCAGGCCGGUUCUCUGUCCCAGCGCAGCCCAUGGAUGAUUUGAGGCUAUGUUUAUUUUAGCAAGCAACUAACGUUUUCCUUCUCUGUCCUCCCACGGUGAAUGAGAAAGAAAAUAUCUGAAGAUUUUAUGUUAACACUUACUGCAGACUUAAUUAAUGGAAGAGGCUCCCAAACCAACAUUUCAGGAUGAACUGGAAUGGUGCAUUGCUCAACUGGAGACUGGCCUUUUGCGUCUCAACCCAACUCCAAAACAAGCAGACGAAACACAGCGCAUUCUUAGAGUAUUGCGCUCACGUAAAGCUCCCCUUGUGAAGAAACGGCAGGUGAUGCACCAUGUUUUUGGAGAUUACCGUCUCAAAAUGGCUGAAGAAAAAGAGAGAGCGGCAAAAGUAGCUGUGAGGCCUGAGAAGGUAGAAAUACAACAAGGAAAUGUUCUUCCUUCGGGCAGCGUGGUGUACAGGAAGCAGUCCGGCUGUCCCUCUGCAGCGUCAACUUCACUGCUUGCAUCAUCAGAUAACAGCUUUCAAUUUAACUUUGUUCUGCCGGAAAGAACCCCAGAAGAAACUGAUAGAAUCACGGCAGAAGAACAGGGGUUGGAUGACUCCAGAGAACAAUCCACUGGUAAUGGUCCCUCUGGGAUGCUGGACUUCUCCACUGGAGCACAGAAGCCUGACUUUGCUUUCAACUUCAUCAUCCCAGAUGUUCCCUCACUUUCAGCUGUUGCCAUUGAUUCUGGAGCAGAAGCAGCUCCAGAGAUAGACAUCCCAUCCAAGACAGCAGAGAGAUCAACCUUUUCAAAACCUGAUAGAACUGAUGUGAUGGAUUGUGCAGGCAGACAAGGUGAAGCAUGUCCUAGGCAAGAGGCACCAAAAUUGGAAACAGCCCAAGUAGCUCCAACAGAGGUCACCGAAGAGAAAUUGGUUGUGGCAGCUGGUGGACCAUCUAAGAGAAGAAAGAAAAAGAAACUGCCACCAUCAAAAAUAGCAAACACUGACAAAGGAAAUGGAGACAACAAGCCUUGUGGCCAAGGAACAUCUGAUCAAGCUGAGAUGUUACAGCCAGAUGAUCAAUUGAAGAGGGAGAUAGACUGGUGUGUGGAACAGCUGGAACUUGGCUUGAAGACUCAGAAAUCCACCCCCAAACAGAUGGAGGAGGCUGUCCGGGCCAUCAAGACAUUGCGCAGCAAAAAAGCGGUGCUGGCCAAGAAACGUCAAGUGAUGCGGAUCAUGUUCGGCGACUACAGAGCAAAAAUGGCCGAGGAAAGGCAGAAGCAGCUGAAGCUCUUGCAAGCAGCUUCAAAAGCGGCUCACAUCGCAGAAGUGACUGAAGAGGCCCAGAAGAAGAGAAGCCAGGUGUUCAGGAAGUCUGCAGAAGCGGCCAGAAGGGGCCAGAACCUCCAAGAAUCUUUCCUUCAACCCCCGGCUCCCUCGGUUUGUCUCAGAGCAGCCGACCCUUGCUCUUUUACACGCAGGCCGCCUCAAGAGGAAUUCUGCUUCAACUUUUUCUAAGCAGCGUUUUUGGCCCACCAGGCAAUUGAUUUUGGAAAGGGUUCUUUUGUGGGGGGAGAGAAAAAAGCAGCAACAAAGCAAAAACCAAAUGGCCUGUAAAAAAGUUGCACAAUUGGAAAGUUUGAGGAAGAGGGGCCAACAAAAUACGGUGUUAUGUGCCCAGUUUUAUUAAUUCAGUGGUGAGUUUAUGCAGCACCAGGGUACCUGAUUGGAUGCAUGUUUCUAUGCAAGUGCUUUCUUAAAUGAUGCAAACGAUUUAGAGUUAGGAAGAGAGUAGCAGAUGUGCUCACACACACACAUACCCGCAAGCAGAUGGAUGAUCAGAUAAGAGAAAUGCAUGAAUGUGUUCAGAAGUAUUAUGCAUUAUUGGAUGUUCUGUCCUUUAGACUCUUCAGACUCUUUAAGGCAGUGUUUCUCAACCUUGGCAACUUGAAGAUGGGUGGACUUCAACUCCCAGAAUUCCCCGGCUACCCAUGG